CAGAGACAGACAGACAGACGAAGAAGAAAGAGCAGAGAGUCCCGUCCGUCCACUCCAGUCCAACCGCGUACGUCUACAUUCGAUUCUCCCAAGAACUAAAACAAAAGAACUCCAAUAUUAUAUACAAUUUCAAACAGUAAUCCUUACAAAAUUUUAUAUUAUAUUACCUUUACAGGGCAGGUUUCUUUACUCAUCUUUCUAACUUUGACUGAAGGUAGAAGCCAUUGCCUCUGCAGUCUGCACCAGCUUAGCUUUCGGCGCCCUCUUUCUUCCUUCUCUUUUCCUCUUUCCAGAUUGGCUACACUAACACCAUUCAAUUUUUUAAUCUUUAUACCCAUGUAAACACACACACGAUUGAGUUUUCAACCCAUAUACUUUGCAAUUUCAUAUUAUACACACACCGAACAAGACUCGCAAAGUGACUGCUCUUUCUUUCGGCUCAGGCUCUGUGUUUUUUUGCCUAAUUACUCAAAUCUAGCGACACCCUUUUGCUCCAUUAAGCUCUGGAAGGUUUUCUUGUUCCUCUUCAGCAGAAACCGCCGUUACAAUGAAGCAGAUGUUGAGGAGAAUGCACAGGCUGAAGAGAUUGAAAGGCGAAUAGAACAAGAAACCAAGGCAGAAAAACACAUUCAAAAACUUCUACUCCUUGGUUCUGGAGAGUCUGGGAAGUCAACAAUUUUUAAGCAGAUUAAGCUUCUUUUUCAAACUGGCUUUGAUGAGGCAGAGCUGAAGAGUUAUAUCUCAGUCAUCCAUGCCAAUGUCUAUCAGUCUAUAAAAAUACUAUGCGAUGGGUCAAAGGAAUUUGCUCAAAAUGAAACAGAUUCUUCAAAAUAUGCUCUAUCCAGUGAAAAUAAGGAAAUUGGAGAGAAACUAUCAGAAAUUGGGGGCUGGUUGGAAUAUCCCCACCUCACUAAAGAACUUGCACAGGACAUAGAAACUUUGUGGAACGAUGCUGCUAUUCAGGAAACAUAUGCCCGUGGUAAUGAACUUCAAGUUCCAGAUUGUGCCCUUUAUUUCAUGGAAAAUUUGGAAAGAUUAUCAGAUGGAAAUUAUAUUCCAACAAAGGAUGAUGUUCUUUAUGCCAGAGUCCGUACAACUGGUGUGGUAGAAAUCCAGUUCAGUCCUGUUGGAGAGAGUAAGAAGAGUGGUGAAGUAUACAGACUCUUUGAUGUUGGAGGCCAGAGAAAUGAGAGAAGGAAAUGGAUCCAUCUUUUUGAAGGUGUUACAGCUGUAAUUUUUUGUGUUGCCAUUAGCGAGUAAGUAAGGUGACCAUUGCUUUUGUCAUUAGUCAUAACAUGGUCAUAUGUAACUAUUUGGAAGUUGAUAUUGGUUUACAGUAACAUUACAACCUUUUGCUUUUGGUGCCUUAUUACACUUUCUCUAGGAGGGAGAAUCUAAGAUUCAAAUCUCCUCUUCCAAUUGCCUCCCAGAUAAACUAAAAGGAAUAAGCUUCCCCUUUUGUCUGAUAUGCCCAACUCUUAUUUGAUUAUUAAUGUUGUUUCAUGAUGUAACUAAAACUUUUACUGGUGAAUUUGGUUUCUCAGUUAUGAUCAAACUCUCUUUGAGGAUGAACACAAGAACCGGAUGAUGGAGACCAAAGAACUUUUUGAUUGGGUCUUGAAGCAACCAUGUUUUGAGAAAACGUCCUUCAUGCUGUUCCUAAACAAGUUUGAUAUAUUUGAAAAGAAAGUUCUUAAAGUGCCAUUGAAUGUAUGUGAGUGGUUCAAAGAUUACCAGCCAGUUUCGACCGGAAAACAAGAGAUUGAACAUGCAUAUGAGUUUGUGAAGAAGAAAUUCGAGGAGCUGUAUUUUCAGAGCACCACCCCCGACCAUGUGGACCGGGUCUUCAAGGUCUACAGAACCACUGCCCUAGACCAGAAGCUUGUGAAGAAAACUUUCAAGCUUGUAGACGAGACCUUGAGACGAAGAAAUCUAUUCGAAGCUGGCUUGUUGUGACCGCAGCAACACCUUCAUGUUCAUAACACGAUUUUUUGAACUUUCUGGAGUCAGUUAGGAACACCCCAUCCAAUGAUUGCUGGCAUAUCUUCUUCUCAUCACAGACCAAAUUUUUAGUUUUCUUCCAUUUGUUGCUCAAUUAUCACUGUUAAAAAAAUCAAUUUUUUGUACCCACGAUUCUGGUGACUAAUUUCUCUAGACAAAAGUAUCUUUGUCAUCUGGGAACAUGUUUUCUUGUUUGUUUUGGUUUCAUUAGUAAUUGGCAGCAAAUCAAACACAUGAAAGUACUUUGUGUUCUUUUUAUCAUACUAAAACAGCUUAUUGAUU